AUAUUUAGCCAUCUCACUGCACCUUCCCUUAAAAAGCGCCCAAAAUAUCUCCCACCAUUCUGUACCGAUUUCUCAUGUCCCUCGACACCCCAAUCCUCGACUCCCAACUCCCCUCGCUUCUGCACCAAAUCUCACAAGAAGGUGGCUACGCCUUCACCUCCAUCGCCGCCCACGCCGCCACCGGCGACACCCGUGCUGCGGAGGCAGCCAGGGAUCUGGCCUGGGAGCAGCUCCACUCGGCGGGGCCCUGGCACUCCGUCGUCCCCAUUUGGCGGGACGCCUACGCAAUUGCCUCCCUCCACGUCGCCAAAUGCCAUUUGCUCUCCUGCCCUCGACAUGGGCCUCAUCAUGGGCGGAUUCACGCUGCGCGAUGACUUGAAUCUCUGCAUUCGCAAAACCAUCCUAGCUUUGAGAGACAGGGAUUCCGGCGACGACCAUCACUAGAAGGCUGAGUGGUAUGAGGAUUUCAACUUGGCGGAGGUCGGAAGAAACUACUUAUCCCAAGAUUGAAAGCAAGAGCUUAUGACAAUCUUUGAGUUUCUGGAGAGGAUUCAAUCUGGUCACUGUUCUCCUUCAAGCACAACCUAUUUAGCACAACAUCAAUUGUUUGAUCAGGCAUGCAUAUGAUUGUAGAAACCAUCCUUGGUCUUAAUAAAAAUUAAACUUACUCAACACUUUCUAAUUUUGCAAUAUCAAAAUGCCAAAGACAAGAACUAAAGCAGGAUUUGUUAUACCUGAUUGCCGUUUUGCUGGUGGGGGAGAGAUCAGGUCACUUAAUGCUUGGUUUGGUCCACUUGGGACAGUAACCCCUUUGCAUCAUGAUCCUCACCAUAAUAUACUUGCACAGGUUGCUGGUAAAAAGUAUAUAAGGCUUUACCUGCCCUCAUCGUCGGAGGAACUUUACCCUCACACCGAGACUAUGCUCUGCAAUUCCAGUCAGGUUGAUCUGGACAAUAUAGAUGAAGAAGAGUUUCCCAAGAUAUUGGAUUUGGGAUUCAUGGAUUGCAUGCUAGAGGAAGGAAUGCUAUAUAUCCCUCCAAAGUGGCACUAUGUUCAUUCUCUUACUAAGAGUUUUUCAGUUAGCUUUUGGUGGAGCGUCGAUGGAAAUUAUCCGGAGUGAUGGACACUACAUUCUGCAGUCCAGUUUAAUCGCACCUCUCCUAUUCAUCUCACAUCAUUUUGGUAGAAUAAAGUGUGUUGACAUAUUCUGCUGAACAUUAUUUGUGGUUGCUGAUAUGCACAUGAACAUCAAAAUGCACUCUUGAAAAAUAAUGAAAAAAAUAAAAGAAGUAAUCUUUGGAAAGUAUUAUUGGAAAUGAUAAA